AUGGCAAACCCCCAAACUCGCGCCUUCCUGGGACGGCAUUCUUCCAAGUUAUUACUGGGUGGGUUGAGUCUAGGUGGUGUAUAUGCCUUUUACGCCUACAGGGCGCCACAGCCAAAGGGCACCUACGAGCCCAACCCCAUGCGAACGCCAGGUGUACAGAACAUCGAAAAGGCUUAUCAGCGCGGAGGAGCCACGUCUACGCAUACAGUGGCGCACGGAGGAACGACACAGGGGCAGACGAAUGAUCUGACGCGUGACAAUGCGGGGACGAGCAGGCCGAAAGGUUUCGAUGACGAGCCAAGGGGUAUGGGCGACGAGCAGAGAACCGACGGCCAGAUGAAGGGAAAGGUUGGUGAGACGUUCGACAAGAUGAAAUACGGAACCUCGACCGAUAAGUGA